AGUAGGUACUUUUUAUAUUAUAAUGGCCCGAGAUAAAUAUUAGAAAUGAUGAUUGAUUUUAUUGAUAUUGUACUAUGAGAUAAUGGUGUUACUUCAUUAAUUGAAUCUAUUAUAGGACUGAUUUAUCUGCUGGAUAUUUAACCUUUACCAUGGUGAAAAUAUGUUUUAAUGCACAUUUUUGAAUUAUAUUGUUUAGGCAGUCAACCGCAGGUAGGUAAUGUUUGUUGUUCUGAAUUAAGCCAGUGCUUUAUUAGCAGUGCGUUAUAAUUAUAAGCUGGCAAUUGAUUUACAACAAUGAACGCGAAUGUUACAAGUUAGAGUAAUUUUACGUACCUAAUAUUUAUUAAUUGUUAUCUAUGCAGAUGGUAAAGGACCGAAACGGCAACGGGCACUUUGGGACUUUCUUAGAUAACCAAGUAGCAUUGGAAAUCACUUACUGCAGGUUAGAAGAACACGGUUUUCAUUACUUCGAUGUGUGUGCCGACGACUUUAUGUCUUCAGUUCCAGUAGAAUUAUAUGAAGAAGAUUUAAAAGAGACAUCUGGGCAGCAUAGGAACGUCGUUGUUAUAGAGUGGAAAGAUUUCGCUUACCCGAGUAUGUGGUACGCCAUUGAUCUUCGCCAGAAAAACGGUGAUUAUACUGAGCUGGGUGUCAGUAGCAGCCCAAAGUUUGAAAUAAAAAAUCCGCCCAUAGAGAAGAUGAUGGAAUUUCGAAUAAGAACAGUUGCUGAUCCGAUGAACGAGACAAGUGAAUGCAGUAUUUGCAUAUCUCCAUUACCAGUGGAUGAGACACCUGUAACAAAAUCUUGUAACGUCAGAGAAAUGGAGGAAUUCGAAUCGUUUUACACUAAAACCGAUCACCUUAUAGGCUCUGGUGGUUUUGGUAGCGUCAGUCUGGUAAAAGAUAAACGGGGAGCCUAUUAUGCUGCAAAGGUAAGAAAACAAGACGCAGAUGAGAAGAGAAACAGCAUUCAAAAAGAAUAUGAGAUCAUGAGAGUAUUAAAGCAUCCCAAGAUAGGAGUUGAUCGAUGCUUUUGUUGCGAAGGACUCUUAAUUUUAGUAAUGAAUUAUUGUUGGGGCGGGGAACUCUUCGACAGAAUAGUUCAAGAAGAUAAUAUUAAAGAAGUGGAUGUGGUACUCUACGUACGUCAGAUCUGCGAGGCUCUAUAUUAUUUACAUUCCCAUAAAAUCGCUCAUUUAGAUCUAAAACCCGAAAAUAUAAUAUGCCUAAGUCCCAACUCCAGACAGGUGAAAAUAAUAGACUUUGGACUUGCAAGAAUGUUGGAUAAUGGCAACAAUGUGAAGGUUAUUUACGGAACCAAGGAUUAUAUUGCCCCCGAGAUUCUUAAUUAUGAGAAGAUGACAACUGCGUGUGACAUGUGGACCUUGGGAGUCGUAACAUACAUGUUACUUUCAGGAGUGAUGCCGUUUGCCGGAAACACGUGGCUAGAGACGAGUGCCAAUAUCACUAUGGCCAAUUAUAAUUAUAACGAUACAGCGUUUACCGAAAUAUCGGACUUAGCAAAGGAUUUCGUAGAUAGUCUGAUAAUAUUAGUCGCAGAGAAGCGCAUGUCCGCCGCCGACGCUCUGAACCAUCAAUGGAUUGUGGAGGGCCCGCUAAAAGGAGCUAGUGCUGGUCACAUGAUGCGCACUAGAAAGAACAUGAAGUCUUAUCUUGCAAACUACAGGGCUAGAUGGUAUAGAGCUGGUAAUGUGAUGAUAAAGGCACAUCGCCUGACUCAAGCUAGCAACAGGAGCAGCGUGGAAGUAUCGUCUCAUGUCACCGAGCCUGAUAUUUAAUCUGUGGACAUACAUGUAUUUUAAAAAUUGAAAUGAAAUUAUUUUCGGCCUUGAUGUAACUAAAGGAAAUCGGAAAAAAUAUCCCUAACUAGCAAAAACAUAUUCAUCCAAGUUUCCUUUUUGUGGCGUUAAUGAUUACUAGAUUUUUUAUGGCAAGAGGACAAACAAGCAUGCGGCUCACCAGAUGG